AUGGUUUCUUCUAUGACCAACAGGAAGACUUCAUUGAAAGGCCUAUUUCUAGCCACUGUGCUGCUGGCUAAUAUGUUCCUUUCAAGGAAGUGUGUGACAUCUUCACCCAUUUGCCCUAAUGGGUCUGACAAUUGCCAGGUUUCUCUUGGGGACCUUUUUGACCGGGCUGUUAAACUAUCGCAUUAUAUCCACUCUCUGUCUGCUGAAAUAUUCAAUGAGUUUGAUGAACGCUAUGCUCAGGGCCGGGGUUUCAUUGCAAAGGCCGUUAACAGCUGCCAUACUUCUUCCCUAACCACUCCUGAAGAUAAAGAACAAGCUCAGCAGAUACAUCACGAGGACCUACUAAAUCUAGUUUUGAGUGUGCUCCGUUCCUGGAAUGACCCCUUAUUGCACCUGGUCUCUGAAGUUGAACGAAUCAAGGAAGCUCCUGAUACCAUUCUCUGGAAGGCCAUGGAGAUUGAGGAGCAAAAUAAACGACUUCUUGAGGGGAUGGAGAGAAUAGUUGGACGGGUGAGUCAAAAAAGAAUAAUCCUCUGAAGUCCUUCCAGCUUCAUAACACUAUUCAAAAUGUAUAAAAUGAGACAGAUUUUUUGUUGUUGUUUGUUUGGAUUAAAAUGCUUCAAAGAAAGAAAGAAAGAAGUUAAAAGUGUCAGCAAAACCUUUCAGAUCUGGAGAUCUGUUUGGCAUGUAUAAGAAGUAGCAAAAUAUCUUGUUCUUUACUAAUAAAAAAGUUACGAAGUGCCAAACAACAAAGCAUAAAGCUGAUCUUGUAAUUUUUUUUCUUAACACUAAGAAAAGGACACGGCCCAACCUAAACUGAGAAUCAGCAAACAGGGUAGGAAAACUUUUAUCUUGCCCCUACCUUAUAUUUUAUAAAAUUAACAUUGUUCUGCUGCACAUGAAAGUGCUGAAAAAAUAAUAAUAUUCAUUGAUACCAUUUUUUUUCUUUUUAACAUUUCCUUGCAGAGGGAAUUUAAUCUUCUUCUUGCCCUCUACACAGGCUGAGACUAGAAAAAAAGCCGUUUACAAAAAAACCCCUCAAAAUCAGCUGCACAUUACAAACUUCAUAUGUCAUUUAGUUAGUUUGAAAGCACAUUUUUAACAUAUGUACGUAUGUGCCUUAGAAAAGUAAUAGAAUGAGCAAGACUGUGCCAUGAAGGAAGAUAAUAAAUAAAAGUUGUUGCAUAUCUAGUUAGUACAUACUUUGUACAUUAAAAGUGUUAAGCUAACGUUCUUUCUUUCCACGCUUGUUUGAACCAAGAAUGUUUCUGAAUUCUCUUUAUUAAUUUAUUAUCUUAAUUUCUACUGUGUCAUAUUCAAAAUUGACUGUGAAAAUGAAGGACAGUAAUUGAAAGCAAACACAUCAAAAUAGGCACCAGUAUUUCUAAGCAAUUUUAAGGUGCAUGACAGUGGU